AACAAGUUUGGUGGUGGUCCAUUUAUACCUAGCCCCUGGAUUUCCAGUCCUACAGGAACUCCUAUUGUAAAUCUUGAACAACAAGUUACUGAAAUGAUCAGCAGGACGUGUGAAAUUUUAAAUGUAUUGAAUUGUGUUAAAAGUGAAAUUGGACAAACUGUUUCGAAUGACCAAGAUACAAUAAACUUAAUCAGGACCAAAAGAACAACAGUUGGACCUUCCGCAACUCGUACUAAAUAUCGAAAACGAAGCAAACGUGCUGCGCCUCCUGGCAGAUGUCAUUCAUGUAAUAUAUCAGAGACUCCAGAGUGGCGUCGAGGUCCUGAUGGUGCAAGAACUCUUUGUAACGCUUGUGGUUUACACUUUGCAAAAUUGACUCGGAAACGCGCACUUUCGGCCAUGCAACAACAUCAACCAACACAAGUUCAAGUUCAUAAAAUUAACCAAAUGGCUCAAAUGAACCGUACCACUCAAGUAUUACCCUCUAUUCAACCGAUUGGUACACAACCUAAACCUACAAUGGGAAUUAUGGGAAAUAUGGGAAAUAUGCAUCUUGCACCACCACUUCAAACAAAUCAAAUGAUGCAAAGUCCUCCUAAACGUCCAAGGCAUGACAUUCCUAUGAACCAUCAUCAAAUGAACGGUCCUAUCAAUGGAAAUUACUUAAAAGCAUAAAAAAAAAAGGAUAUUUUUGUUAGAAAAUUUCCUUAUAAUCGAAUUUUCUUGAAUUAUUACUCGUUUUUUUUUGUAGAUAUGUUU